GAGGCGCGGAAAGCGUAUUCAAACGUCCCGCCGACUCCUGGAAAGCUUGAACCGGGGUAGGCCGGCAUGGCAGCAGCCGAAGCGGCUUUGUUGCGGCAAUGCCCGCUUCUCCUUCCCCAGAACCUGGAGAAAACCAUUUACGAGGGAUUUAUUUCAGCUCAGGGGAGGGACUUUCAUGUUAGAAUACUGUUACCUGAAGAUCUUCAACUAAAAAAUGCAAGAAUACUUUGUAGUUGGCAACUGAAGACAAUACUGGAUGGAUAUCAUCAGAUAUUAAACCAAAGAUUGCAGUACUCUCCUGACCUGGUGAGCUUUAUGAUGGAGUUGAAGAUGAUUUUGGAAGUUGCAUUGAAGAAUAAACAAGAGCUAUAUGCACCACCACCUCCUCCUCAUUACUACUUAUGUCUUGUUGAAGAAAUAGAAACUCUGGGUUGGGAUAAACUCGUGUAUGUGGAUACUUCCUUUAGUACCAUCAAGUUAAAAGCCAAAGAUACUUCUGGGAGAGAACAUUUAAUCACUCUCAAGCUAAAGACAAAGUAUCCAACAGAAUCACCGGAUUGCUACGUGGAUUUACCACUUCCAUUUUCUGUUUCUUGGACACCACAGAGUUCAUUGACAGACAUUCAUAGUCAGUUUUUGGCUGCAUUAGAAUCACUAAAGGCAUUUUGGGAUGUCAUGGAUGAGAUUGAUCAAAAGACUUGGAUUCUUGAGCCAGAAAAACCUACACGGAGUGCCACUAUGAGAAGAAUUGCAAUAGGGAAUAAUGUUUCAGUAAAUAUAGAUGUAGACCCCAGGCAUCCCACAAUGCUUCCUGAAUGCUUCUUUCUUGGUGCUGAUCAUGUGGUAAAACCCCUGGGAAUUAAGCUGAGCAAGAAUAUCCAUAUGUGGGAUCCAGAAAAUAGCCUGUUACAAAAUUUGAAAAAUGUUUUAGAAAUUGAAUUUCCUGUACGUGCUAUCCUGGAAAAAUCUGAUUUCACAAUGGAUUGUGGGAUUUGUUAUGCUUAUCGCCUGGAUGGUGCCAUUCCAGAUCAAGUAUGUGAUAAUUCCCAGUGUGGACAGCCUUUCCAUCAGACCUGCUUAUAUGAGUGGUUGAGAGGUCUGAUGACUAGUAGACAGAGUUUUAACAUCAUCUUUGGUGAAUGCCCAUACUGCAGUAAGCCAAUUACACUGAAAAUGUCUGGAAGGAAACCCUGAAACAAGAACUUGAAACAUUUUUUUGGUAAAGAAGAUGAAAUUAAGAAAAUAACCAGAAGGAAU